GAGUGGGUGGGCAGCAGCAGGCUUUGGGGCUCAAGUUACAUCUCAUAUUUACAUGGAAACAUGUUGUAAACAUUUCUCUGUCAUGGUCCUGUUUGAUUUGUACAAUAUAAACGAGGAAGUAUCAGAGCUCCACGACGGUCAAAGCACGACAAUCCCGAAGACAAGAGACUGUUUUUUGUUUGCUUUUUCACAUUGCAGACACCUUCGUUAGUCAGACUUUUGUAUGCACAAGAGAAAAUGAAAAACUUUGAACAAUAAAUUCUCUGUCUCUGGUGUCAGUGCCUUUUGGUUCUCCUUUCCCUCUCUAUCGCUUAUCUUCCUUUCUGAGCUCCAAGUGAAGCCAACAAGGAGAUGGAUGAGAAUGAAAGAGUACACCCAGAUUGCGCUAAUGCUGCUAAUCCCUACCAUGAAUGUGGUGUAUAUUGCCUAGAAAAGAUUGCUGAAGGCAAGGGGCGAAAGGAAAAGGAUAAAAGGAAAUUAGAUAACCACAAUGGUAUAAAAGAAGUUGUGCGUAACAAAAGGAAUGAUGAUGCGGGGAGAAUGCGAUCAAAUUGCCCUAAAGCAUCUAAUCCUUACCAUGAAUGCAAUGAAUUUUGCCCCCAGAGAACAUCCAAGGCCAAUAUUCAGGGGGUUAGAAAAGAAUCAGAUAAUCGCAAUGGUAUAAAACAAGGUGAGCUUAGCAAAAAGAAGGAUGGCGAGGGAAGAGGGCGCCCAAAUUGCACAAAGGCGUCUAAUCCUUACCAUGAAUGUGAUGAAAAUUGCUUCAAAAGAAAGGAUUCAGAUAUUCGCAAUGGUAUAAAACAAGGUGAGCUUAGCAAAAAGAAGGAUGUGGAGAGAACAGUAUAUCCAACUUGCCCAAAAGCAUCUAAUCCUUACCAUGAAUGUGAUGAAAAUUGCUUCAAAAGAAAUACUGAUGCUGAUACACAGGGGCUUAGAGAAGAAUCAGGUUCAAAAAUUCUUGAUGCUUCUAGAAGUUUUGGCAGGAAAAAGAAGGGACCAGAAUCUCAGUCGAAGUCCCCUCGAGCACUUGAAACUACUGGCAUAGGUGCAGUUUACCCUGGUGACCCCAAGUCACCUCGUUCUCAUUUUUCUAGGAAGAAGAUGGAAGCAGAGAAUGGCGAGUCUUUUUCUUCUUCUGAGCAACAUUCUGAAGGAAUUUAUUCCCGAGAUCAAUCUUUUGACAAGGUGCAAAUUCAACACUCACAAUCAGUUCCUAUGUCUGGGAAAAUCAUGUCACCUGCUGAUACACCAACCAAAUUUAAAGAAGCAGAGAAGGUUCCAAAUUCCCCCAAGGCAAGUUCAGAUGCAAAUAAUGACGGUGGGAGUGAAGAUGCCACUAUCUCAAACUUUAGUUUCUCGGGGAUUGUCCGAGCUCUAGAAGAGAGUGAUGAGGAAGAAGAGGUCGAAUCUGUUAUCUCUGAUUCCUGUGUAUCAGUUGGAAAAUACCAUGUGAAAGCAAGUAUCUCUUCAAUUCUACAGUCAAUUUUUGACAAGUAUGGAGACAUAGCAGCUAAUUGUCAGUUGGAAUCAGCUUCCAUGCGAGCUUAUUAUUUGGAGUGUUUGUGUGCUGUAGUUCAAGAGUUGCAUUCCACCCCAUUUAAGCAACUGACCAAAUCAAAAGUAAAAGAAAUGUUUGCUGUUCUCAAGGAUGUAGAAUCUGCACAUAUCGAUGUUACUUGGCUGCGUGCUCUGCUCAAUGAAAUCUCAGAAGCCGUUGAGCUCGUUAGUCAACGUCAAACUUUCGAAGCGAAAAAGGCCAAGUGCGAUCGAACUUUUGAGUCAGCAAGGAAAGAACUGGAAUCCAAAAUCGAAGAUCUAGCUCAGAAAGAAAAAGAGGCUGCAGUUGCCCGGGAACAAGUUACUGAAACCAAGUCUCGUUUGGAUGAAAUCGAGCAGGAAUGUUCUCGACUGGACAAAACUAUUUCAUCCAUAGUGUCCAUCAUGGAAAAAUUCCAGGGCAAAUCUCUGGCGAACGAGCUCUUGCUAGAAAUAAACAUGGUAGAAGAGCGAAGAGUGCAUCCGGAUUGUAUUAAUGCGUCAAAUCCUUACCAUGAAUGUGUUGAGUAUUGCUUUAGGAAGAUUGCUGAAGCAAAGGGGAAAAAGGAUAAAGAAGAAUCAGACACUGUGAAACCUGAGCGUGGCCAGCCUGCCGAACGUGCUGCUUUUCAAGAACAAGAUGUAGAACAUGGAGCACCAGAACCAGAAGAAAAUUCUGAUGAUGAUAAUGACCGCCCUGUUGAGGAGAACAUUGAAGGAGACAUUACAAAACUUACUGGGAGGCAAACAAAAUUGUUUGAGUUGAGACUAAAGAUGAAUGAGGCAAGAAAAGCCAAUCAAACAGCAAUGGUGGCUGAAAAGAAAAGAAUGGAAGCUCCACCAGAAUCUAGAGGAAUUUCUAAGCAAAAAUGGCUCGAGGAAAGGAAGAAGAAGAUAGGAAAACUUCUAGAUGCAAAUGGUUUGGAUAUGCAAAAAGCAUAUAUGCUCGAUACACAAGAGGCAGCAGAGGCAAAAUAUAAGAAAUGGGAAAAGGAUCCUGCUCCAGUUGGUUGGGAUGUCUUCAAUCAGAAGACAUUGUACAAUGCAUACAAAAAACGGACAAAGAACGUUGAUGUUGACCUGGAAGAAUAUAACAAAAUGAAAGAAGGUGAUCCAGAGUUUUACCGUGAAGCUUCCAGCCUCCAAUAUGGGAAGGCACCUAAGAUUUCUGAAGAUAAGAUUGACAAGAUGGUGAAAGAACUUAAGGACCGGGAGGAAAAGCGCAAGUCAUUUAGCAGGAGGAGGAAGUUUCAUGAAGAGAAGGAUAUUGAUUCAAUCAAUGAUCGUAAUGAGCAUUUCAACAAGAAGAUUGAGCGAGCCUUUGGAAAAUACACACUGGAAAUUAAAAAUAAUCUUGAACGAGGAACUGCAUUGCCUGACUAA